UUUCUCUUUUCACUCUCUCUCUCUCUCCCUCUCUCUCUCUCUCUCUCUCUCUCCCUCCUGUAUGUAUGUAUUAUUAGAUUGACCUAAAUUGUGGAUUGUGGGUCUGUUUUUUUCUGUUCAAAAACAUGGAAAUUUUUAUGCCGUCUCUUUCUCUCCCACACGCACACAAUCGCACGCCCAAUCAUCAAUCCCUGCAAUAAAAGAAGGGCCGGGGCUGAACAAAUUUCUGAUUUUCAUGGGGUCCAAACCCGGUAACGUUUUCUUAUGGAUAUGGCUCUGUUUCUUUCCAGCCCUAGAUAUAGAUCUAUUUUCCCGCCAAAAUUCUGUAUUCCAUCUUAAUCCGUACCAAUUUCAUGUAUUUCUCGUCAAAAUCGAUUCUUGUGUUUGAAUUUUGAAGUGAUUUUCUAUUGCCCUCUGUGGUUUUGGGUUUUGUUUUUUGUUGGAAAGAAAAACAACCAGCGGAUUGCUUUUUAGGGUUUGAAUUCAGAAUCCAUGGCAGGGUGGUCGUGGGUAGCUGGUGAGUCCGCUUUAGAUUGCGCCGAAACCCCGAAAGAGGACCGGACGGACGACUCCUCGGCCGAUCUCGAACUACCUCCGAAAGCUCCAAAACGGUUCGUUUUAGACGUGCCCGAUAAGCUACGAUGCUGGUUCGAUCAGUUCCUUGGGGUUUUUCUGAAAGAGAUCUCUGCCCAAGACUUGCUCCGGCCUUUGCCUCCGAUGAUCGGUAAUGGGCAACGGGUGGAUUUGCUCAAGCUGUUUUGGAUUGUGAGAAGGCGAGGUGGGUUUCGUGGUCUUUCGGAAACCGGGGUUUGGGACUCGGUGGCUGAAGAGUGUGACUUGGGUUUGCGUCUUGGCUGGGCUGUGAAAUUGGUUUAUGUUAAGUACUUGUAUUUGCUAGAGAGGGUUAUAGAAAAGAAGGAUUUUGAAUGGAGUUUGGCAAGUAGUGACAUUGAUUUGGGUGAGCAUUUGAUGGCCUUGCAGGACGAGUUUACAGAGUUCUUCUCAGAUAUGCCUGAUCGAAAGUUGAAAGACGGGGGUUACCCGAAUGUCGAAUUGUCAUCUAAGAGUUUUAAGGACAGUAAUGAGGUGGGAAGUGCGGUAGCAAAUUCAGAUAGGCUCAAGAAAAGUGGUGUCAGUGACGAGUUUCUGGAUUUGGAUACAAGGAAUGUGGCGAAUGUUUUGAAUGCUGGAAAAUUUGGCAAUGGUAAUGUGCUUUUGUCAGGUGGUGGCAUGUCAUGUUUGGUUGUGGAUUUAACGAAUAGCAUGGAGGAUGUUGACAAGUUGCGUGACAAUGAUGAGGUAAAAAGUGAGAUGGGGGAAUCAGGUGGAGGGACGAAAAAUGAUGACGUUGAUGAAGAUGUCAUGAUUUUGGAUCCCUCUGCUGUUGAAGAAGUGAACUCUUUCCGUAAAAGGAAGCGAGAGUUGGGUGGGAGCGAGGCGGGGGAAUUGCUUAGAGGGAAGAAAAAUGACAGCAGCGAUGAACAUGUAACGUUUUUGGAUGCCUCAACAGUUGAAGACGCGAGUCCUUUUUGUGAAAAAGAGCAAGAGUCAUUGUGUAGAAUGUUGAAUUGGGUUAGAAUGAUUGCAAAGGAUCCUUGUGAUCCUUCAGUUGGUUCAUUACCAGAGAGGUCAAGGUGGAAGUCUUUCGGGAAGGAGGAGAACUGGGUGCAGGUUUUGCAGGCUCGAGAAGCUAUAUUUCUGAAGAGGCAUACUGAUUCAGGUCCUGAACAGUCUAACUGGCAGAAGAAUCAGAGGAUGCAUCCAAGCAUGUACGAUGAUAGUUUUGGCUCCGCUUACAAUCUUAGAGAGAGGCUAAGGUUGGAGAAGAAGCUUCUUUCAGGAGGGAGAACGUCACAAUCAGGAGCCUGUUCAGAGUCAUCCUCGGCCAGUGACUUGGACAAAAAUAGUCCUGGCAUGGCAGGGAUGGAGGAUCAGUUGCGAGGAACUAGUGAUUAUUCUCCAAGCCAUAUUCUUCUGGGGUCAAAUUAUCAAGCUCAGUUGCCAGAAUGGACUGGUAAGGCUUCUGAAAGUGAAUCAAAGUGGUUGGGGUCCAGGAUUUGGCCAUUGGAAAAACCAGAGCACAGAUAUCUCAUUGAGAGAGAUCCUAUUGGAAAGGGAAGACAAGAGUCUUGUGGAUGUCAAGUGCCAGGUUCUAUAGAAUGCGUCAGAUUUCACAUUUCCGAGAAACGGCUAAGAGUUAAGCGAGAAUUGGGGGCAGCUUUCUACCACUGGCAAUUCAAUCAGAUGGGCGAGGAAGUUGGACUCACUUGGACAGAAGCAGAAGGAAAGAAGUUCGAGGCCAUAGUAAAGUCAAAUCCUUCAUCUCUUGGAUUGCAUUUUUGGGAUGAGAUAUAUAAGUCUUUUACUAAGAAGAGCAGGAGACAAUUGGUUAGCUACUAUUUCAAUGUCUUUCUCUUGCAGCGUAGAGGAUACCAGAACAGGUUUACUCCAAACAACAUUGAUAGUGAUGAUGAAGAUUUAGAGUCGGAAUCAAUGACUAACGGUUUUGGGAAUGAAGAACACAUGUCAUCAAAAUCAAUAUUAAAAUCCCCACAUAAGCCACAUGCAAAACACAGAUAGCUAUUGGAAGGGCACUUUUUGGGGAGAUUGUGAAGCCUGGUAUGUCUGGGGAAUGUUUCCUUAAUGUGCCAGGAAAGAGGCAUCAGGGCCUUUGAAAUAUAAAAUUAUGAGGUAUAAAGAUAUCCAUUUCCAGAAGUGAUUUUGAAGCUUUUUAAUGACGAACUCGGGCUUGGAAGCGCAGCUGUGGCAAUUCAGAGCAGCAAUGAUGCUCUCUAAGUCUUGUUCGUUUACUCCACCUUCUGAGAUGCAGGUUUUUCAUUUUUUUUAUGGACGUUUCUUUUAGGUUUUUGACAGCAAAAGCUGAUUGAAAAAGAAGCCUUUGGGAAUGAAUACAGGGAACAGCGAAAAUGGUUAGAUGUAGUCUUGUAGAUCCUAAACAGUGGUCUCAGUCACAGAACUUGUAAUUGCAAUUGCGGUGGUCUAUGAAAUUGGUUAAUUGAAUGGAUUUUGCUCUCA